CAAUGGAAGAUGAGAGAUUAGAUUAUAUUAAGGUGUCUUAAUAAGUUGCAGAUAAACUUAAAAGAUAAGCCUUAGAUUUCAAAAACUUUAUGGAUUCUUUUUAAAAGAGAUUUUAAUAAGAUCAAAUCGAUGUAUUUUAUAUUUUGAGUGUGAAGUAUUUUAAAUGUAAUAUUAAGAUGGCUAAAUCAAUGGAAGGAAUAUGUUUCAUAUGAAGAAAUGUUGGCUAAUAAGAACCCAAGUUAAAAUUUUGGAAGACUAAAUAUGGAACAUAUAAACAUAAAUUUAGAGGAUCGUGUUGAUAAAUGCUUUAAAUAUUAUCCAAUAAAGGAUCAUCCAUGGAAUACUUUCAUGAAAGAGAAUCUAUAAGAAAAUAUUGAUUAUAUAAUAGUAGAUAAAGAGAUUUGGUAAUUCUUCACAACAUAUUAUCAUGGCACACCAAUAGUGAGAAUGUCAAAUGGAUAAGGACCAGAGAAAACAGUAGCAGUCAAUUUAUUAAAAGUAUUUUAUAAUAUUAUUAUGCGAGUUUAAAAGUAUUUUGCUUUAUCCUACAGUAAUCAAAUAGAUAGCAAUGGAUAAGUUUUAUAAAAAAUCAUUUGAUAAGUUGUAUUUACAAGUUGAUAGAAAUAUGAAAUUAAAAGAUUACUAUAAUUUACUUCAAAAAACUGUAACAACAUUCACAGCUAAUUUUGCAAAAGAUAAUAAUGUCAGAAUUUGGAGAUAUUAAACGGAAUAGAAGGAUAUUUAAAAGGCAUUAUUUACAGAUAUUUAAAAAUAAGUUGGAGAAUUAGAGAAUAAUGAUGAAAUGAGUUUUGAUUUUAAUGGUGAUUAUAUUCAUUAUUCAAUAUAUGAAACUAUUGAAGAUAUAGGAAUUUUAGAUAAUCAUUUGAUUAUUAUAGAAGUAAUAAUAGAUGUUAUCUAAAUAGUUUAAAGAUGAGAUUAAACCUUGGUGUAUUCGUAAUAAAGCUGUUUAGAUAGAAGGAAAGUGUGAGAAUUGUAAAUUUAUGAAAAUCCUUAAUCAUCCAUGUGUAUGUAGAAAAGUAGCAUAUUGUUCAUAAGAAUGUAAAGUUAAAGAUUAUAACUCUCACAGUAUGAAAUGUGAUAAGUUUGGAUCUGAUGAUGAUACUAUCAAAGGAUUGAGUUAACAACCUAAUUCUGUUGCAGGAUUAGCUGGUUUGAGUAAUUUAGGAAAUACUUGUUUUAUGAAUAGUGGCACAUAAUGUAUAUCAAAUACUAUGCCAUUAACAGAGUAUUUUUUGAGUAAUUAAUAUUUUGAUGAAAUAAAUAUGGAUAAUCCUAUAGGAACUAAAGGUUAAUUAGUAAAAAGAGUAGGAUCUCUAUUAAAAAAGUUAUGGUAUGGAGAGAAAUCUGUUGUAACACCAACUAAUUAUAAAAAAGCUGUUGGUUAAUUUUAACCAAUGUUUAAAGGUUAUCAUUAACAUGAUUCAUCUGAAUUAAUUACUUUUGUUUUAGAUGGAAUUCAUGAAGAUUUGAAUAGAGUUAAAAAGAAACCAUAUGUUGAAACUAAAGAUAGUGAUGGAAGAACAGAUUUUGUUGUAGCUAAAGAAAGUUGGAUAAAUCAUUUAGCUAGAAAUUAAUCUAUUGUUGUUGAUUUGAUGUAUGGAUAAUAUAAAUCAACAUUAAAAUGUCCAAAAUGUGAAAGAUUGUCUAUCACAUUUGAUCCUUACUUGAUGGUAUAAUUAGGAAUACCAAGUUAAAAGUAAAGAACUAUAUCUUUUAAAUUUUUUGAUUCAUUCUUUAAUUCAACCUCUAAAAUUAUUCCAUUUGAUAAAAAUAAGAAUAUAUCAUUAAAAGAAUAUUAUUAAGUUUUAGGAUAAGAAUUAAAGAUUUAACCAUAAAACUUAUAUGCUUAUAUUGCUAAUUAAUAUACAUCUUUUGAAUUAUUAAAUGAAAGUAAAUCAAUUAUUGAUAUACGAAAAAGUGCUAAAAGAUAAUAAUUGUGUUUUAGAGCUCUUUUAAAUGAGGAAGCUUAAAUAUAAAAUAAAUUGCCUGUUUAGUUUUCAAAUAAAUAUUAAGGAUUUUAAAAAAAUUCAUAUUUUUAAAAUGGAUUCUUUAUUUUUGAUGGAUCCAUGACUAGAAAAUAAAUGCAUCUAAAAAUAUUUUAAUACUUAAAAUAAUUUUUUGUUGAUUAUCAAACAUUAGAUUAUGAAACAAAUGUAUUAAAUAAAGUAACAAUUCAAUUUAUUAUUAGUAUUAUAGUAUUUUAUAUAAAUCAAAUAGUAAUUAUUGGAAUCCAUGUUCUUAUUGUUCAUCUAAGAAUUGUAAUGAUUGUGAAGUUCAAUUUGAUGAUGAAUAACUUGAGGAAAUCAAAAAGAAAAUAGCUACUUCUAAUUCUUAAGGUCAUUUCGAAAUUAUUAUAUUUUGGAAAGAAUCUCCAUAUUAAAAUAUCAAACUUGCUGAUAUUUUUGAUCAUUAUAAAAGUUAGAAUAAAAUAGAAAGUAAUUUAUUAAUCAAAUAUUAAUAGUUGAAUAAUAAUAAUAAUAAACUACUCCAUAUUAGAAUCAUGGUCAUUCUAAUCAACAUUCUGGUAGUGUUACUUUAGUAGAUUGUUUGUAAUUCUCUCAAUAACCAGAAUAAUUAAAUAUAGAUAAUACUUGGUAUUGUAAAGUUUGUAAAGAACAUGUCUAAGCUUAUAAAAGCAUGUAAAUAUAUAAGGUUAAUUAUAUAUUUCAAAUUAUUAUAGGCUCCACAAAUAUUAAUAUUCACAUUGAAAAGAUUUAAAGAAUCUAAUAGAAUGUUUAAAUAAAAACUUGAAACUUUUGUAGACUUUCCCAUUAAUGGACUUGAUAUGACUGAUUAUUUAAUAAAUUCCAAAACCCCUCAGGAAUAUGAAACUGAAACAGAAGAUGACAAUGGAGAAAAUAAUAAACAAAAAGUUAUAUAUGAUUUGUAUGCUGUAUCAAAUCAUUUUGGAGGUCUUGGAGGAGGUCAUUAUACAGCUUGUGCUAAAAAUAAAGUAUUUAUUUUAUAUAUUCAAUAGUUUACAAAAAAAUGGUAUAAUUUUGAUGACUCUCAUGUUGGAGAAAUCAGUGAAUCAUAGGUCGUUACAAAAUCAGCCUACGUUCUUUUUUACUAAUUAAGAACUGAUGAAUCAAUUAACUCUUAAGGAUAAACCAUUUAAUAAGAAUGA